AAUAAUAUAUGAAUAAAUUAAAAAAAAGAUUAAGUUUUUAAUUACAUUAUGUAUAAGUUAAUGUUGGAAUAACAUCUUUGAAAGUUUUAUCUGAUUAUGUGAUUUACAUCAAAUCAAUCAAAUAUAAGCACCUAAUAAAUAAAUGUGUUUUAUUAGUAAAAUAUAAAAUACUCAGUGAUAAGAGAUUGUUGAUGAUAACAAACAGCAGCAUUAAUAUAAUAGCAAUUAAACAAUAGAGCUUACAGUAGUUAUUGGUUUAUUAAUCAAGAAGAAUGACACGACUCGAGUUAAAAAUUUUGUUCAUCUGUUUGUUGUCAGCUUGCGUCACCCAAGCUGAGAACAACGGAACAUUUCCUGAAAAUUUCAAAUUCGGCACAGCUACCGCCGCUUAUCAAAUUGAAGGUGGAUGGAACGAAGACGGCAAAGGUGAAAACAUAUGGGACCACUUGACACAUAACACCUCCAGCGGCGUUAAGCAAAACGCUACGGGUGAUGUCGCAUGCGAUUCUUACCAUAAAUAUAAGGAAGAUGUACAGCUUCUUAAGGAUCUCGGCGUUGAUCACUAUCGAUUUUCCAUCUCGUGGUCGAGGAUCUUGCCCACGGGACUCACCGACAAAAUUAACCAAGAUGGAAUUGCUUACUACAACAAUUUAAUCGACGAGUUGAAAAAGAACAAAAUCGAACCAUUGGUAACUUUGUACCAUUGGGACCUGCCGCAACCUCUGCAAGACAUCGGUGGUUGGCCCAAUCCAGAUAUAGCAACCUACUUUAAAGAUUAUGCUGAUGUAUGCUUUAAAUAUUUUGGCGACAGAGUUAAAAUGUGGAUAACAUUUAACGAGGCCAAGCAAACGUGCCAACAGGGAUAUGGAAGUGCCACAAUGGCUCCUUUAAUUAGUUCUCCUGGAGUAGGAGAAUAUCAGUGCGCUCAUACAUUACUUAAAGCUCAUGCUAAUGCUUGGCAUUUAUACGAUGAAACAUAUAGAAAAACACAAAAAGGUAGAAUUUCCAUCGUAGUCGACAGCGACUGGUUUGAAGCUAACACUGAGGCCGAUGAAGAAGCUGCAGAAACCAGAAGACAAUUUACAUUUGGUUGGUACGCAAAUCCAAUUUUCAACGGUGAUUAUCCAGAAGUGAUGAGGACAAGGAUUGCUGCCAGAAGCGAAAAGGAAGGUUUCGAUAGUUCUAGGUUGCCGACUUUCACAGCCGAAGAAAUAAAAUAUAUAAAAGGUACGCAUGAUUUUUUGGGCGUCAACACGUAUACCACAUCUUUGGUUGAAAAGAUCAGCGAACCUGAAUACGGAGAACCGAGCUGGGAAAAAGAUAUGGGUGUAAGAACUUGGCAAGACAAUUCAUGGGAAACAUCUGAUUCGGACUGGUUGAAGGUAGUUCCAUGGGGCACCCGAAAAUUGUUGGCGUGGAUUAAAAAGACUUACGGAAACCCAGAAAUUAUUAUAACAGAAAAUGGUGUCUCCGAUGAUGGAAGAUUAGAAGAUUCUAAAAGAAUUAGCUACUACUGGAAAUAUCUCAGCGCAAUUUUAGACGCAAUGAAUGAAGACGGAGUAAACGUGACUGGUUACACAGCUUGGAGUUUGAUGGACAAUUUUGAGUGGAUGCAAGGAUACACGGAGAAAUUUGGAUUGUACCAAGUAGACUUUGAAAGCGAAAAUAGAACUAGAACCCCCAAAGCAUCGGUUAACUUUUUCAAGGAGCUCCAUGCGACACACAAACUGCCGGAUAUAAGCGGAGCUAUUCAAAUGCGAUCUGUCAAUUACGCUUUAUAUUCCUGUCUUAUAUUCGUUGCUUAUUUUUUAUUUAAUUAA